UGCCAACCGCAAUAAAACCUUGAAGAAGAAGGCGGACGAGCAAGAGAAGUGGGCGCUGCAGUUGAAAGCGUUUUACCUUGCAAUGCUGCAAUGAGAACGGAUCGUUUCUUCGUAAGAGUGCGUAUCAAAGUAAAGGUCACUUAACGGAAACAAUUUAUGUAGCUAUGUCGAGGGAGCAACCAUUAAGCGGGUUUAACCUGUAGAGGACGCAGCGCUCCAGAAACGCCGCUAAAGGGGCAAAAAGGUGAAAUGAUGGCGGACGACCCACAGAGAAACUUUCGCUCUGCUUAUUAUGAGAAAGUUGGCUUUCGAGGAGUGGAGGAGAAGAAGUCCUUGGAAAUCCUGCUGAAGGACAACCCCCUGGAUCUUGAGAAGCUGAGCACCUUCAGUCAACGUUUUCCCCUUCCGUCCAUGUACAGAGUCCACGUGUGGAAGGUUUUGUUAGGCGUCCUGCCGCCUCACAGCGAUUCUCAUAGCCUGGUUGGAAGCUACAGAAAGGAGCAGUACCAAGACCUCUUGGAGGCGCUGGAGGUGAUGAGGUUCAUCAAGUCCUCCACCCCUUCCACCCACGUCUACUUGCGAAUGUUUCAGCUGGAGAGCCACAUGCUCCCGCGCUGCUCUGAGAUCUCACCGCCGGAUCAAGAGAAUGAGGACUUCCUGUCCAUCAGUCAGGCCAUGGAGGAGAUAGUCGAGGAUUCCGUGGACUGCUACUGGCUCAUUAAGAGUUUCAUCAGUCAGUUCCACACCAAAUUUGGAGACUCGCUUCCGCAUCUUCCGAAGAGCUUGGAGCACUUCCUGAGUCAGGAGGAGCCGGGCCUGCUCAGCCAUUUGAAGAACGGCGGCGCUUUGGCACAACUUCCGUAUCAUCUGUGGUUCAGGCGCUGCUUUGCCGGCGUCCUGCCCGAGUCCAGCUUGCAGAGAGUGUGGGACAAGGUGAUCAGCGGCUCCUGUAAGAUCCUGGUGUUUGUUGCCCUGGAGAUCCUGCUCAGCUACAAGAUUAUCUUACUGGGGAUCAGCCGACCGGAGGGCAUCGUCAAGUUCCUGUGCAACAUACCGCAGGAGAACACGGACGCCAUCGUCACCAAAGCGAUCGAUCUAUGGCACAAAUAUUGCGGCAACCCCGUGCAUGCCAUGUAGAUGACCGCGACAUGAAAGGACAGCGAGAUGGGCAGCCAUGAUGUUCAGUUGGAAGAAAAA